AUGAGAGACGAUUCAGUAUCAUAUCUAACAGCUUUAGCCACGAUUCAACUGAAAUUGCUUGAAGAAAAGAUUAAAACGAUGGCUAAUGACUGCAAUGAUGAGGAGGGUAACCAUUUACUUUACAACCAGAAUUAUCAAAACGACGUCUACCAGAGGCUUAUUAUGUGUAUUGAACAUCACAUAAGGCUUAAGAAGUUCAGAAAUACAUGGGUUAAGCACUCCAGGUUCGCAAUGCUGUACAUACCAGUUGCAUCUUUGGCACCAGUUGGCGCGGGUUACUUUUUAAUACAUCAAAUCAGCCCAUCAAGUAACUUUAGGAUGGUCUUGGUACUGCUGAUAUUUGCAACGUCGGUUACAGGAUUGUGCUUCAUUGGACAGCAUUUCCAAGACAGUUUCGCUCAAAUUUUCACUGUGGCCUGUAACUGUCCCUGGAUUUACUGGAAUGAGAAAAAUAAAAAGGCUCUACUCCUCUUGUUGAUAAAUUCUGUUAAACCUGUUGAGAUAGCAAGCUAUACAACUAUUGCUGUGAAUCUUCGUCUUUUGACAACGUUUCAGAAAUGGAUCUAUAGCUUGAUAACUCUUAUGCAUUAGAAGGUCUUGUGGAGCAUCAAAAGUUUUCAAAAAAC